UGUGGUAGACGAAAGUUACUCUGGGUUUUAGCUAGCAAAGAAAGUUUGGGAAGCCAUUAUAUGUUGCUCUGAUGUCGAGCAGUUUAUUUGUUGUACAUUCCCCUUUUUGAAGCCUUAUAUAAAGACUAUCGUUUCUCCAAUUGAUGUCCGAUCCAUUUUUUUGGCUAGUGGAUUUGCCACAACAUUUUUUGGUGCCGAAACCCGGGAGAAAUGAGCGAACAGGACUUACGUGGAGCCGCGGCCGCCGAAGCUGCGGGAGUGGCAGAUGACGAGCAUCAGAGAGAAAUGGAAAGAACAAAACGGAAACGUGGGACGAUAAGAGGUGCUACCACACGACUUGUACAUCAAAUUGACUCCGAAAUGGCUAAACCAGAUCCGGACACUGACCAUCUGAGCGCAUUACUGGAAAUGCUGUCGGCAAAGGAGCUCAGCUUGUAUGCCUUAGAUAGUGAAAUAGAACGUAAAACAGCUCUGGAUGACCUGGAAAUGGAGAUCGAAAGCACAGAGGAAUAUAAGGAGCGCAUCAUCCUGUCCAAGAGCCGUGCACGGCGCAUAAUUAAGAGAAAUGAGGAUUGCCGCGAACAAGCCGCACAUCAAAGGGUGAGUGACGCUAGCUCUGCUCAUUCAUUGGCACAGAGAGCAUCGGUAAAGCUUCCUAAGCUGAUCAUUCACAAAUAUGAUGGAGAUGCCAGUUUGUGGCAGGAGUUUUGGAGUCAAUAUGAAGCUGUUAUUCACCACAAUGAUGCACUAUGCAAAAGAGAGAAGUUUACCUAUUUGAAAACCUAUCUCACUGGCCAAGCAGCAAAGGCAGUUGCAGGACUGAUGUUGACAGAUGAAAAUUAUGACAACGCAAUUGAGUUACUGCAAAACCGAUUUGGAAGAAAGGAUGUAGUAAUUAGUGCGCACAUGUCAAAACUGCUGAACCUCACACCUGUUAAAAAAUCCUCUGAUGUGCAUGCUUUGAGGCAGCUGUAUGAUGAAUGUGAAAUUCAGAUCAGAAGUUUAGAGUCAUUGGGUGUAGUGUCAGAAAGCUACGGAAGCUUGUUAUGCCCAAUAUUGCUAAAGAUGAUUCCAGAUGAUAUAGCGCUUGAAUACAGCCGUCAGAGAAAUGGAGAUGAAGAGUGGAAAGUGUCAGAAAUGGUCACAUUCCUACAGAAGGAGGUUCAGAGCAGGGAAAGAGCGCUGCAAAUGACAAAGUCGUACAACCCACAGAAAGCUGAAAAUAAACUGUACAAGCCACCGUUCAACGAUGUGAGGUUUAAAAGGCCUAGCAUACAAUCUACUGCUGCCCUGUACACAGCCAGCCAGAAACAAAACACCUGUAUAUUCUGUGAGAGUGACGAUCACAAAUCGCAAAACUGCCCAAAUAAUGACACGCUUCAAAGAAAGGACAAGUUAAAGAGAAUGGGGAGAUGUUUUGUGUGUUUGGGACAGAAACACAUUGCAAGAUUCUGUAAGACCAAGAAUGUGUCCUGUGAGAAAUGUGGACGGAGACAUCACGUUGCUGUGUGCGGUGGUGAAAGGGUGGAUGUACAGGCCCCAUCCCAACCAGAAGAAGCAGUGGUCUCCUCCGUGCUCCCUCAUUCAGUAAGAGUGAAACCAAGUGAACAGAACACUGUGUUGCUACAGACUGCAAAGGUGUGGAUUGAAGGCCCGUCAGGCAGAAGGAUAGCUCGUUGCUUAUUAGAUGGAGGCAGCCAAAGAAGCUUCAUACAUGAAACGUUGGUGAAGAGCCUAAAUUUACCAGUAAUAAGGCAAGAGACAUUGACACUACACACAUUUGGGUCCUCCUUUCCCACAAGAUCACAGCGCGGCAUAGUGAAGGUUAUGCUACAAAAUAUCUGGGAUCCUAGCCAGAGUAUUGUAAUAGAAGCUGUGGAGACCCCACAAGUGUGCUCGGCAAUAAUGAAGGUUCCUGGUGAACAGAUCCAGCAUGAGCUUAAGAAAAGAGGAUUACAACUGGCUGACUUCCCAGGAUCCAAUGAGGAACCAGAGCUUGCUGUCCUCAUAGGAGCUGACUACUAUUGGCAGAUCGUGACAGGAAGGGUGGAGAGACUUACAGAAACAUUGGUGGCACUGGAGAGCACCUUCGGAUGGUCUGUUCAGGGGCCGGUUUCUGCAUCAAGUGUUACAGAGGCAGCCUGCAUGUUCAUUCCGUGUGAGGAAGAGAAACUCCUCUCCAAGCAACUGAAAGCAUUCUGGGAAAUAGAGUCUCUGGGUAUUACAAAUGAGACAACAAAGAACCCAGAAGAUGAUGAGGCUCUGCAGAUGUUUGAGAGAACGACUAUGUUUAAAGAUGGACGAUAUCAGGUGGAGUUGCCAUGGAAGCCAGAAAGGGUAGAGCUCUCAGACAACUACAGAGUUGCCAAAAAACGGCUGGAAGGUCUGAGUAAAAGAUUUAAGAAGGAUGUCACACUCUUCAGCAGGUAUAAUCAAGUGGUGGAGGACUACUUGGACCAGAACAUUGCAGAGGAAGUGACACCAAACAGCAGCACAGAUUCUGUAAUGUAUUAUAUGCCUCACCAUGCAGUGCUGAGAG